GAAAAGAAAAAAAAAAAGGAAAAAACUUCGAAUUGACGACGAAGAAGACGAACUCUCUCUCUUCUCUCCCAAACCACGAGGGCACGAAGACACUCCUCUUUGGACACACCCACACCCUUGUCAGAUCUCUUUCUUUAUAUUUCUUUUCUCUCUCUGAGGGGAGAAAAUGGCGGAAGCAAAAGACCCCGCGAUUAAGCUGUUUGGGAAGACGAUUCCGCUGCCGGAGGUAGCGGCCGCGGCAUGCAACGACUCUCCUUCCGGUGCUACUGUUGGCGGCGGUGGUGGGGGAGGUGAGGAUUGGAUGGAUCAGAAUCGGGCGACGAACUCUUCGCCGGAGGAGGACUGCGUCAGAGCCGGAGAGGAAGGGCGGGAAGUGGAUAAGGACACUUCAGGAGGAAAAGUUACUGACACUAGACAGGAAGAUGGAGCUCGAUCUUCUACGUCAGAAGAGUUUACAGAUCCGGAUGCAAAUUCAGGGGUAAAUGAAAAUCCUAAAACACCAUCAGCCGACAAAGAAACUGCAACAUUAAAGUGUUCGAAGAAUGAAGAGGAACAGAGUGAGACAAGUAUCUCACAAGAGAAGACCCUGAAGAAACCAGACAAGAUACUUCCAUGCCCCCGCUGUAAUAGUAUGGACACCAAGUUCUGUUAUUACAACAACUACAAUGUCAACCAACCCCGACACUUCUGCAAGAACUGUCAGAGAUAUUGGACAGCCGGGGGAACCAUGAGGAACGUGCCUGUGGGUGCAGGUCGUCGUAAGAACAAGAAUUCAACCUCUCACUAUCGGCACAUAACUGUCUCUGAAGCUCUUCAGAGUGCUCGAACUGAAGUUCCCAAUGGAAUCCACCACCCUGCAUUGAAAACCAAUGGCACCGUCCUGACUUUUGGCUCAGACACCCCCCUUUGUGAAUCAAUGGCUUCUGUUUUGAACCUUGCUGAAAAGACAAUGAGAAACUGCACUCCAAAUGGAUUUCAUAAACCAGAAAAGCUAAGAAUUCCAGUUCCUUAUGGAGGUGGAGAAAAUGGUGAUGAUCACUUGAGCAAAUCUUCAGUCACGGCUUCAAAUUCAAAGGAGGAGGCAGGCAAAACUGCCUUGCCAGAUCAAGUGAUGCGAAAUUGUCAUGGGUUUCCUCCUCAGAUACCAUGCUUUCCUGGGGCUCCUUGGCCUUACCCUUGGAAUUCAGCUCAGUGGAGCCCUCCAGUACCUGCCAUCCCUCCAGUACCCCCUCCUGCUUUCUGUCCUUCAGGUUUUCCUAUGCCAUUCUACCCUGCAGCUGCUUAUUGGGGUUGUACAGUACCUGGAGCUUGGAAUAUCCCAUGGGUUCCUCAGCCAUCUGCGCUAAACCACACAGCCCCAAGCUCUGGUCCUAACUCUCCGACCUUAGGUAAGCAUUCAAGGGACGAGAAUAUGCUUAAAGCAAGCAACUUUGGGGAAGAGGAACCACAGAAAGAGAACAAUUCUGAGAGGUGUCUUUGGAUUCCAAAGACCUUGAGGAUUGAUGAUCCAGGAGAAGCUGCAAGGAGCUCUAUAUGGGCAACGCUAGGAAUCAAGAAUGACAAGGCUGAUCCAAUUAGCGGGGGCCGACUCUUUAAGUCUUUCCAAUCAAAAGCUGAUGAAAAGAAUCACAUAGCUGAAACCUCUCCAGUACUGCAAGCCAAUCCUGCAGCAUUGUCUAGGUCACUCAACUUCCAUGAGAGCUCAUAAUUGGAUAGGCUAAAAACCUGUAACUGUUACCUAUGGUGCUCUUUAGUGCAACAGGAAGAGCAUGGUGCUCAAUGUUCACACAACCACACCAACUCUGUAUGCCACUUGGUCAAUAUUGAAUCACCAGCCUCGAUUCUAAGCAAACAACUCGCAAAGCAGUCCAACAGACCAUAAGAGCAGAGCGGUGGAUUCUUCUGUAAUUCCCUCUUAGGUGAAAAGAGCUAUCUUAGUUUUAGCUGAAGUAGCCACUGAUUCUUUUGGAUGACUGUAUGAAAAGUGCCUUCUGUUUUCCUGUAGAUGGUUUGCUGAGCUUUUAGUUUGUGUACAUACUUAUAUAUAUGAAUAGUGAGAGCUAGAACAGAGUGAGCUUGUGUACCAAAAUCCCAGAUGUAAUAAAAUAAAUUUGGACUAUAAGUUAAACAUUUCUUCUUAUGUGCUUCUAA